GAGAAGCUGCAGCGGAUGGGGCUGGCACAGGAGGCCCAGAGGCAGGAGGUGCUGCAGCAGGUGCUCCGCCUGCAGGUGCGUGAGGAGGGGCGGAGCCUGCAGCUGCUCAGCCAAGAGAUGACAGAUCCCUUCUGCAUUGGAGGUCGUCGGCUCCAGGGGUCCAGCAAGAGUGGACCCGGGAAGGAUAGCAGCCGGAAGGAGGUCCGACUUCCCAUGCUGCAUGAUCCACCAAAGCUGGGGAUGCCGGUGGUCCGUGGUGGACAGACAGUGCCUGGCCAAGCCUCACUCUGCUUUGACCCAGGAAGUCCAGCCAGCGACAGAACAGAAGGGAAGAAGAAAGGACGGCCAAAAGCUGAGAACCAAGCUCUCCGAGACAUUCCUCUCUCCCUGAUGAACCAGUGGAAAGAUGAGUUCAAGGCACACUCGAGGGUGAAGUGUCCAAACUCGGGGUGCUGGCUGGAGUUCCCCAGCAUCUACGGGCUCAAGUACCAUUACCAGCGGUGCCAAGGGGGUGCCAUCUCGGAUCGGCUGGCCUUCCCCUGCCCCUUCUGUGAGGCUGCGUUCACCUCCAAGACCCAGCUGGAGAAGCACCGGAUCUGGAACCACAUGGACCGACCCCUGCCUGCCCCCAAACCCGGGCCCGUCAGCCGGCCAGUCACCAUCAGCCGGCCAGUUGGGGUCAGCAAGCCCAUUGGCGUGAGCAAGCCGGUCACUAUCAGCAAACCUGUGGGUGUCAGCAAGCCUAUUGGCAUCAGCAAACCAGUCACAGUUGGCAGGCCCAUGCCAGUCACCAAGGCCAUGCCGGUUACUAGGCCCGUGCCAGUCACCAAGCCUGUCACGGUCAGUAGGCCCAUGCCAGUCACCAAGGCCAUGCCAGUCACCAGGCCUGUGCCAGUCACCAAACCCAUUACAGUCACCAAGUCUGUGCCAGUCACCAAACCUGUGCCGGUCACCAAACCCAUUCCAGUCACUAAGCUUGUGACAGUUACGAAACCUGUGCCAGUGACCAAGCCAGUGACAGUCAGCAGGCCCCUUGUAGUCAGCAAGCCGGUGACAGUCAGCAGGCCCAUUGCCCUUGGCAGACACACACCACCCUGCAAAAUGGUGCUGCUGACCAAAACGGAAAACAGAAUACCCCGCGCCUCAUGCAGGAGCAGUGGAAAGAAAAGGACUGCAGACAGCCUGGACACCUGCCCCAUCCCGCCCAAGCAGGCAAGGCCAGAGAAUGGAGAGUAUGGACCAGCCAGCCUGGGCCAGAGCUCAGCUUUGCAGCUGAGUGCAGAGCCCAGUGGCGGCUCCUUGUCACUGGACAGCAGGCCGUCAGGGGGCAAGGAGGCACUACGGGCCACAGGCCCUGCGUCCCCGCCCGAGGAGGACCCAGAGCGCACAAAGCACAGAAGGAAACAGAAAACACCCAAGAAGUUUACAGGGGAGCAGCCAUCCAUCUCAGGGACCUUUGGACUCAAAGGCCUGGCCAAAGCUGAGGACAAGGCCCGAGUUCACCGCUCCAAGAAGCAGGAGGGGCUGGGGUCUGAGGAUGUACGGAAGAAGGUACUGGCUGCCCCCAUCUCUGUCAGCAAGGAGGCACCGACCCCUGUGGCCCAUCCAGCCCCAGGUGGCCCCGAGGAACAGUGGCAGCGAGCCAUCCAUGAGCGGGGGGAAGCUGUCUGCCCCACCUGCAAUGUAGUCACCCGCAAGACCCUCGUGGGACUCAAGAAGCACAUGGAGGUGUGUCAGAAGUUGCAGGAUGCACUCAAGUGCCAGCACUGCCGGAAGCAGUUCAAGUCCAAAGCCGGCCUCAACUACCACACCAUGGCUGAACACAGUGCCAAGCCCUCUGAUACCGAGGCCUCCGAGGGGGGUGAGCAGGAGGAGCGUGAGCGGCUGCGCAAGGUGUUGAAGCAGAUGGGACGACUGCGCUGCCCUCAGGAGGGCUGCGGGGCUGCCUUCUCCAGCCUCAUGGGCUACCAGUACCACCAGCGGCGCUGUGGGAAGCCACCCUGUGAGGUGGACAGUCCCUCCUUCCCCUGCGCCCAUUGCGGCAAGACCUACCGCUCCAAGGCUGGCCACGACUACCACGUGCGCUCAGAGCACACAGCCCCGCCCCCCGAGGAGCCCAUGGACAAGCCCCCAGAGGCUGAGGACCUGUUGGGUGUGGAGCGGACCCCAAGUGGGCGCAUCCGCCGCACGUCGGCCCAGGUUGCUGUGUUCCACCUGCAGGAGAUUGCAGAAGAUGAGCUGGCCCGAGACUGGACCAAGCGGCGCAUGAAAGAUGACCUUGUACCUGAGACCGCACGCCUCAACUACACCCGACCAGGGCUCCCCACACUGAACCCCCAGCUGCUGGAAGCCUGGAAGAAUGAAGUGAAGGAGAAAGGCCACAUCAACUGCCCCAAUGACUGCUGCGAAGCCAUCUACUCCAGCGUGUCGGGACUCAAGGCCCAUCUCGCCAGCUGCAGCAAGGGGCCCCACCUGGCGGGGAAGUACCGCUGCUUGCUGUGUCCAAAGGAGUUCAGCUCAGAGAGUGGCGUCAAAUACCACAUCCUCAAGACCCAUGCAGAGAACUGGUUCCGCACCUCAGCAGACCCACCUCCCAAACACAGGAGCCAGGACUCGGUGGUGCCCAAGAAGGAAAAGAAGAAAAGCCUGGCAGGCGGGAAGAAGAGGGGCCGCAAACCCAAGGAUCGAUCCCCUGAAGAUCCCAUGCCCAAGCUGCCCCCCCGGCGGGAUGACUGGCCCCUGGGAUGCAGAGACAAAGGGGUCCGGGGCUCCACUGGUCGGAAGGCAGGCGCUGGUAAAGCACCUGAAAAGUGAGCUUGGUGGGUGGGUCCUGACCCUGCCGGCUACUGUGCCCACUCUGUCCAGGCGGAGUAGCCAGCUCCAAGACCUGCCCUCUGAUUCUCCAUCAUUCACCCCACCUCGUCAUCCGUCUAGUGGAGGUGGCCAGCCACUCUCCCUCCCUGAAGGUGGCCCUUCUCCUGCUGAGGUGGCCCCAGGGCACACCUGGGUUGGGACUCCCCAGAGGGUGCCCAGCAGAAGUGCAAUAGCCAGGAG